GUAUCAGUAGUUAAACCAAUCGAUCUGAUUUAAUAUAUGCAAUUCUAAAUAUUUGGAGAACAUAUAAUAUGUUGGAUGUUUAAAGUUAGAGGCGAACUCAAAAUAUUUGGAAUGUUAUAAAAUCUGCAAAAUGAAAAGGUGAAAUUUAUGGAAAACUAUAAAUACAGCGGCACUUAAAAAGUAUGGACGAUUAUGAAGCAGGAAUUUUACGAGGAAGUACUUCACAGUUUCCGAGAAUAGACACUGGAUAUGUCACUCCCGGAAGUGAUUACAUGUCUUCUUUUCGAGGAUAUCCGAAAAUUGGGUCUGUUGAAACGGGAUCACAUACCGGAAGUACAAUGACUCAAAAGCGUCUCCGAUACUCUGCAUCAAGUGACGGAUCACAUAAACUGGAAACAAAACAAAGGAAACACGACAACCGCCCAGAAAAGCAUUAUUCUAUCUCAAGUAGAGUUCAACGAAAUUCUGAAAAGGGUUUUGAAAAUUUCGGAAAUUCGAAGCAAAGAUUCGUGCGCGAUCAUACUGUUCCUGUCGUUAAUAACACGAAAAAUAGUUCUACUGUCGCAAAAGCGCAUACAGACCUUUCUUAUGAGAAAAUAAGUCCUUUGAAACUUUCAAAUAGUGCUACGUAUAGAAGAUUAUCUACAAGAGGUUCUUUUGAACGAACUAAAGCAUGGUGCCCGCCCCUUGUUAGCAGUGAAAGAUAUAACGAAUCCAAAGACAAAUUGUUAAGCGGUGGAAAAUUUAAACAACAAAUACGGAAGUAUUUUAAUGAAGAAACACCUUGGUGGGAGGAAAUUUCCGAAAGCGACGACGAUGGUUAUGACACGGAUUUGGAUAAGCAGAUAGGUUUCGAUCUGAUAGCAGACGAAAGAUCUCGAGAGGUCUUGAAAGAUGGUGCGUUUCCGGAAUAUAAACAGGAAUGCCGUAAAUUUAGAAGUAAUCCGAAUUCAUACUUCCUGCGUCAUUGUCUGGAUGACGAAAUGUAUAUGAAGCAUAGGUACCUAAGCAAAGGAGAUUCAAUCACAUUAUCCAAUUUUAUUAAGAAUGAUCUAACAUUUAGUACGCUUGACAUAGAAGACAAUGCUAUAGGGCCUAAAGGGAUGAAAUACUUCAAAGAAGUUUUGCAUGAGAAUAAACAUCUCACAGAAAUGUAUCUUGCCUGUAACAAUCUUGGUCCACAGGGAGCUAAAUAUCUACGGUCAUCAUUAUCUGGCAACUGCUUUCUUCUCAAGUUAGAUAUUUCAGAGAAUAACUUAGGUGAUAAAGGUGCAAAAUACAUCGCUGGAAUCAUUGAGGACAAUGUCACAAUGAAGGAGCUAAUUCUAGCUGGUAAUGACAUUGGUGAUGCAGGCGCUACUUUGAUCAGCAAAAGUCUGGGAAACAAUAUCUCUCUGAAAUUGUUAGACCUUGGCUGGAAUAACAUCCGACAAAUUGGUGCUUUAAGUCUGUGCUCUGCUUUAAAGAAAAAUACAGAGCUCGAGAUAUUCCUGGUUUCCAUGAACGGGUUUGGCGAAGAGGGAGGGAAAGCUUUGGUAACAGCUUUACAGCAGAACAGUACAGUGAAAGAAGUUGAUCUCUCCGCAAACCGAAUUACAGACAUCGUGCUCAAGUACCUGACACGUUCGCUGGACGAAAUACCGAACCUGGCUGUUUUAAAUUUGGCCAACAACAACUUGACGUCAAAGCCAGCGGCAGACUUUCUCACAACGGUAAUGGCCAAUCCUAACGCAUUUACGGAAAUAAAUUUUGAGGGUAUAGAUAUCGCUGAAGAUUUCAAGGGAUUGUCGAACGCUCUACAUGUAGUCCACAACAUCAAAGUAUCAUACAGUCUGCCGCCAUCAAAACGCGAUGUCACAUCAGAUAUUCUCACCAGGAACCUUAAACGCCUAUGUGAGUUCAUGGAAGAGGAGGAGAUCGAGGUGUACGACUUGUUUCCUGAUUACGACGAAGACGAUGACGAUGAUCCUGUAUUGAUUACCAUCAAAGAAGCACUUUGUGCCUUAGAGUUUUGCGGAAAAAUCACGAAUGUAGAAAAACUCCAAAGACUGAGGGGACAACUCCGGUAUGGAAGACGAAGGAAGUUCCUGUUAAGUGAACUUUGUUCGGUGUAUGAUUUAGUCAUUUGUGGCAAAGACCCUCUCCAAGAACAACCACUGCGGACACACCUAAGACGUUCUAUCAAACAAGAGAGGCUAGAACAGGAGAGAAAGGCCAACGCCGCGAAGAACAGAAGACGUUCCAUAUUUACUACUAACACGUAAACUCCUGGCACAAGCGCUUAAUAGACUGGUUGAAACAUUUUGACUGGUUUUCCGGAAGUGUUUGACGAGUUGGUGGUCAAUACUCAUCGAAUGGUUCCAACAGGAUAACUUCUUCAGUGUUUCAACGAAGACUGUUAAGUUUGUCAACUGCUUUUCAAACAUACUGACCUGAACAGAGUUCUACAUGCAUAGUAAAAAAGCAGGUUAUAACCGUAGAGCUGACAGAUAUAAUAAAAGAAGCAUUAAAGCAAGACGUAUGGGUAUUGCUCUUUCAGAACAAUGGUAUUUCUUUCGGUUUAUAAAACUUUAUAUCAUUGAAUACAACUGUUGUGAAACAAACGUUUAUUAAUAUUGGAGAAACUCACAGUUCUUUUAUCAAUAUUUAUACAGAAA